GUCUGCGCAGUGAACACAGCACUGAAAUUCAAAUAUUGAACAUAUCUGUUUGUUAAAAAAAGAAGGAACGAAAGACGCGUCUGCAGAAACAGCGGCUGAGAAGCUGUCCGCGUUUAGUGUAUCAGGAUAGAUAAACGACGAUUAUUCAGUAUACGUUAGCUAAAUCAAUAGAUUUGAACAAAGAAACUCUUAUCGGAGAUGGAUCCGUUUACCGAGAAACUCCUGGAGAGGACCCGUGCUCGCAGGGAGAACCUGCAGAAGAAGAUGGCAGAGAGACCCACUGCUGCUAACAGACAGAUGGCCAAGCGAGCUAGGGAGCCUCUUGCUGAGACCUGCAACAGCCUGGUCACAGUGCCUGUCAUCGAAAAAGCCCCUCACCCAUCCAGCAAGCCCUCUCCCUCAAAGCGGAGUCGUUCAGGUGAACUUGGCCAGCCCUCCAUGAUUGACGAGGAGAACAGGGAGCCUUCAAUGACUUCUCGCACCCUGACCCCUACUCUGACAGACCCCCAGACUGACCGGAAGCCCCCUACGGGCCCAGCCAGCGUCCGCUCUGCCGCCUCUUUGGAGAGGGUGGCUGUCCGUCCUCCUGCUCCCGUUCCUGAACCAGAGCCCAUGUUGGCAGCACAGCUUGUCCCAGAGCAGGCCACGGAGGUAGCACGCUCUGCCCCAGAACCAGAGGAGUUGGCUGUGAGUGCUGCUCCACAGCCACAGAGGACCAAGAAUGUGGAGGUGGUGCCUGCUAGCCUGGUUCUUCAGGGGAACCGAGAAGCUCAGAGGGAGGCUCCCACCUCCUCUACCCCUGCUGCCAUGAAGUCUCGCCUGGCCAGACUGGCUGAACAAAGGCAGUACUGGGAUUCUGAAGGUACCUCUGAGGUUCGAGACAUCCCAGCAGCCCUGUCCCCAGUAAAGAACCAGAUCCACCCUAGGCAGGCUCUGGCCCCGGUCCCCACACCUGUCCCUGCUGCUGCAUCCUCAGAAGCCCCCAUGGGCAGGAAGGGUCGCCUGGCCAACCUUGCUGCCAGCAUUGGGUCCUGGGAGGAUGACCUCAGCCACGCCGCCCCUCAAAGUAGAGACCAUGCACAAGGGAACCCUGGUAGUGUCAGUAUCGCCACCCCUGCUUGGAGGAGAGAGGCAGGUAUCAAACCCAUCUCUGUGGCUGCAGACCGGACACAAAUGAGUCAGUCAUCAAACAGCAAGCGUUUUCUGGAUUCCAACCAGCAUCCUUUCAACUCCCCAGUUAAGUCCACCGGAGUGGUUCCCCCCAGCCACCAGAAGACUGAAGUACCUGAAGCCAGACCAGCUAGACAGACUAGCAGAGGUCUCCCCUCUCCUCUACCCAGUCCCCAGAGGAGUUGCCAGGGUAGAGCCUCAGCCUUCACACCCAGCUCCCAAAAAGGUGCUCCCUCACCUGUGCCUCAGAGCCCUCUGAAGAACCAGGCCCUGUCCCGAGCCCUGGAUGUCAAUGCCAGCCCCAAGAAGUCAGAGCUCCCUACACAGCCCUCUAACACUGAGCCCUCUGUCCUGCAGACCAGGGAGAGGUUCACCAAGGAAGCCACCCCGGCCACUCCCCUGCAGCAGAGAGGCACCGCAGGAGCAACAGGUGUCAAGUCGUUCAUGGAGCGUUUUGGGGAGAGGUGCCAGGAGCGCUCCGGCCUGAGUUCCACUGAUACCAGCCAUGGAGCUGCCGCUCAUACUCCAACCGUAGUAAACUCGUCUGGGGCAGGCCUGGUUGGUCAUACACCUGUGGUGAGCCAUUCUGGAACCCCCAACACCAGGCUGGUGCAGGAGAGGCUGAGAGCUGCCCAGGUUGCCAACACCACCACCGCUGACCUUGCACAGAAACAGAAACUGGAGCGCGAGUCGGAACUGGCUCAGAUUCGUAACCGGUUCCAGAAAGGGAACAACAUUUGGAAGAUCAAGGAUGAAGAGGCAGACACCAAGAGAAACACAGAGGCCAAGGAUCUGAUUGAGCAGCCUGAUGAGCAAACCGCUUCCCCUCUGGAUAGCCUGAAUUCAGCACCCAAAGAACCCAAUGUACCUGCUGCCACCAACCCAGCCUCCAGCCCUGUGAAGCGAGUAGAAUUCUCAGUGGAGGAAUCAGACGAAGAUGUGAGUCAUGAGCUAGAGGUGAACGUGGACCAGUCCAUCAACUCUGAUGUGAUCAAUGGGAUCUUUGACGGGCUCCAUGACCAGAGCGAGGUGCAGAGUGGUGAGGAGGAAGAUGAAUUGAACAUCUCCUCUAUGUCCAUCCUCACCCCCUUCUCUGAGACUGUGGCUGCUGUGGUCAAGAGCCCAGUGAAGAUGAUGAUGUCAACCCCAGCCAGUUCGUUCAACGCUAAGAGCCUAACUCCUGACAGUGUUUCCAGACCCAGUAAGUUCCAGAGGGCCCGCAUGCUCCGGGCUGGGUCAUCAGACAGGCUAGAGACCGAUGAUGGCCACAACCUGCCUUACAGUAUUGAUGCGUACAGGUCGACCAGGAUCAAGGAGAGUACGGAGAGGCCUCGUGUGAGGCAGGUCAUCGUGAGGAAGGAGGAUGUGUCUCGUAGAGCAGCAGAGGAACCCAGGAGCCAAGGACACACCAACAUCAAACAGAAGAUGAAGGUUCUGACCAAUGAAAUAAACCUGCAGCAAACAGUGAUCAGCCAGGCUAGCCAGGCCCUGAACUGCUGUACUGAUGAGGAGCAUGGGAAAGGCUCGCAGGUGGAGGCAGAGGCUGAGAGGCUUUUGCUUAUAGCCACUGAGAAGCGGGGGGCCCUGAAGGCAGAGCUGGACCGUCUGAAGGGAGAGGGUCCUAGCGGUCAAAUGGGGCAGGGUGGGGACAUGGGGGUCACAGCCUCCAAGGGAUCCAUCUCCCUCCUGGAACUACGACUGCCCCUCAAAGCUGACUUUGUCUGCUCCACUGGUAACAAUCCAGAGUGGUCCAGCCAUUACUUCUUCAUCAUGAUCCGUGCUGGAGCUGAGAAUACAGUUGCUACUCCCCUAGCCAGCACACGUAGUGCUAUCAGUGGAGACGCGAUCACCUUCUCUACCAAGUUCACCAUGCCUGAUGUCUCUAAUGAAUUUGCAAUUGAUAUUGAGGUUUACUGCCUGGAGCAGAAACGUGAGUUGAACCCUGACAAGAGGAAGAAGCCCAGCAAGUCAAAGGCCAUCACUCCCAAGAGGUUCCUCGCCAUCACUAAGAGCAGUCUGACUCCAGUGGUGGCCAGUCCUGGGGGCCCUAAUGCAGUACGAACCAGUAACUUUGUCCUGGUCGGGUCUCACAAGCUAACGCUAGCCUCUAUUGGGAAAAACAAGUUCUCAUUGGAGAAGAUCAAAUAUGAAGGCAUUGAAAGAGCGCUUCUCAAAGAUAUGUUUCACAGCAAGGUGCCUUUCCUGUGCCCCUUGGAGGGACACCUCUACCUGAAGAUGCAGUGUGAGGUGGGCUCCUUGGUGGAGGAGAGAGGCUUCUUGACAAUGUUUGAGGAUGUGAGUGGGUUUGGAGCAUGGCACAGGAGAUGGUGUCUCCUGUCAGGAUACUCUAUCUCCUACUGGACCUACCCUGAUGAUGAGAAACGCAAGAAGCCAAUUGGACGCAUCAACUUGGCCAACUGCACCAGUUGUAAGGUGGAGCCAGCCAACAGGGAGUUCUGUGCCCGGCCCAACACAUUUGAGCUGAUCACCGUCCGGCCUCAGAGAGAGAGUGACAUAGAGACGCUUGUCAGCCAGUGUAAAAACACAAUGUGUGUCACCAAAAACUGGCUGUGUGCCGACACCAAGGACGAGAGGAACGUGUGGAUGCAGAAGCUCAACCAGAUCCUAGUGGACUUGCGCAUGUGGCAGCCAGACUCCUGCUACAGGCCUGUUUGAGCACAGAGCCCCCGCCUGGACCCGAGGUUAACACCCUGAAUGGCUCUGGGUCUUAUAUGGACUGUCACUAUCAGUGACAUGAUGACUAAGUGCAAUACAGUAUGAAAGUUAUUCAAUAAGAUUUACCGGUGGAUGGUAUUUUUUAGAGGUGCUUUAAGACAGUUUAAGUUUGGGAUGGGCAACUGGUGGAUCAAUCCCCCCUCAACUCAGUCGGGGUCUCAAUUUACUGUUGAGAGUUAUAGUAGACUAUACAAGGUGUAAUUUGGUUGUGAAUCAGCAGUUUUUAUCUUGUCAGUCACUCGAUUAGCCCGCGUCAGCUAACAUUUAUUUAGAUUGGUAAGCUAGUCUAGCCAGCUAUCUAAACUUAUGGUAGUCAUAGUCGAAUUACAGUCUGGGGGGGACCCCAUUGAUUUUUGUUAGUUCACUCACUCAGAUGGCACAUUACCUGCAAACAUUUCUUUCCGAACAUGGCAAAAUGUGUAGAAUUGCAGGAAAUGAACUAAAACAUUUUCUCUCCUCUGUCAAAAGGGCCGCUAAAAUGUUUUGCUCGCAAGGUCGCUGCAUGUGUGGUUAUGGAUGUGGGUACUCGGACCUGUGAGCACUGCGGCCCCCUGUGAUGAGUUUAGAUUUUGUGGCCCCCACCCACAUCGAAGUUGCCCAUCCCUGGUUUAAGUUAUGAGUGCGAGAGAGAUCAAUAAAGCUGUACUUUAGUAGAUAUUACAGUAUUGACAGGGGUGCUGGUGCUUUUACACAAUCCAUGCUGACCCUGUAUUUUCAAUGCAUUUCCAACGUGUUGAGGCCAUACUACCAACUUUGAGAGAAUUUUGAGACAUUUUGGUUUUCUGUGCUGUUACUCACAUGAUCAAACUCCUGACGAGAUGUGGCUUUUUCGGUUGAAUCUGUUGUCUGAUUUGAGGAACAUUAUUAAAUAUUUAACUUUGUCACACCCAAUUCUAGAAUAAUCUGCUUCAGUGGCAAGGUGAUGCAUACUGUACUAUACUAUAUGAAUGCUCCUCUUUCUCAUAGUAUUGGGAGAAUGGCAUGAUUUGGAAGCACUGUUGAACAACCAUAAGAGGAUUUUAGAUUUAGCCGCACACUUAUCCACUCCAAUACCCUUCUUGUUUUGCUAUUCCCUUUUCCCCUUUGCAAUCUUAACUAUAGCUAAUCUUGUAUUUAUCAUGUUGCAAACUCUGGUUAUGAACUUCUAGGUCAAUGAGACUACGGAACGAGAACCCUUAAUAUUGUUUUAUGUAGAUGUUUUAUUUUUGUGUACAUGUUUUAAAUGGUUACAGUUAAACUGGGUGUGGGUCAGCAGAUAUGUGUAUAUUAUACCACCAUUAUAUUGUAAUGGUGAACUUUGACAGUUGAUGUUAUUGCAAUAACCUAUGGGCACAUUUCUAUUCUGAUUUUAGUUUAGCUAUGCACUGUCAUGAACUGCAAAGCUUAUUCUCAGUCCAAGUUUUAAGCAUGUGCUUAGAGGACUGAGUGCAUCACCUUUUUGUGCUUUUACAUGGAUGUUUUGGGGGGAAUAGUAUGUCUUAUCUACCCAUUUACCUAAUGCACAACGUUAAUUUUCCAUAUGUUGGCAGUUCUAUUAUAUCCUCUGAUCUGUCCGGUCUUUCAUUGGCACAACAAGCACUCCAAAUAUUCCUGAUGUACUGGUAAUUCUGAAACGACGAGACUUAAAUAAAUGCCAGCUUUAACCAAAA